UUUCUCGCUCUCUAGUUCUUUCUCUCUCCCUCACCAGGACAUACUGCAAAGGAAGAUUAAGGACCGGAAGGUACUCCGCAAUCCUUCCCCAGCUGAAAGUCUUUCUGAAUUGAUUUUGGGUCUCCCUCAGAUCUAAAGUAUCCUGCCCAAGACACACAGCGGAAGACUCUACCAGGGACAGACAGACAGACACAAGAGGGCAGACGGUCUGACAUGGAGUUGAAACAAGGUAGAUCCUUCCUGCACAGGUGUGCGGGGUCCGGCGAUGUAGUCCACGCAGGUCUGGUCGUCACACUUCUGAUUGGAGUGUGGUACGCUCAGGCUUUGGAGGUGAAUACAGGGAAGGUCAAUUUCAUAGAAGUGAUGAAUGGAAGUUCAGUGCUCUUACCCUGCACUUACGCCAGCUGCAUAGGCAUUAAAAACCUUUACUUCAACUGGCAGUAUAAGGACAAUGGGACAAUGGUUAAGCUUUGUGAGGCCACUAUCCCAGCAGAAGGAGUAGAACCUAACGUCAAAAUCUAUCAUGAGCGGGUGGAGUUUGUCGGCUCCAGCAAGAAAAAUAACAUCUCCAUCUUACUGCAUAAUGUCACCUUCGAGGACCAGGGAGAGUACAUCUGCUUCGCCCGCAACCCUAAGGAGAAGGAACGCAACCAUAGUGCCAUUUUCACUCUUUAUGUGGUGGACGAAUUGAAAGAGGUGGACAACACAUUGACCACAAUCAUUGUGUCCGUGCUCGGAGGUGUCAUAGGCCUGAUCAUUCUCAUAAUGGUGGUGAAAGCUGUAGUCCUCGCCGUUCUAAGCCAGGUCCAGGAGAAGAAUAAAGAGUGCCUUGUGAGCUCUUCAGGGAAUGACAAUACAGAAAAUGGCCUCCCGGGAACCAAAGCAGACAGCAAACCAACACCAAAGGCAUGAAAACAGCAUGUAUGUGUACAUAUGUGAGCAUAUGUACACAUGCAUAACUAUAACAGAUUGAAAGAAAGUCAUAACAAUGGACAGUUUUAUUCUCUUUAUCUCAUGAGAAAAAUGCUAUAUAAAUAUCAUCAUAUAUUUUAGACUGUGCUUGAGGAAAAAUAUGAAGUGCUGUAGGCUGGAUCACUGGACAGAAAAGCAUAAUUGUACUACUAACAGAAAGCAGAUGAUGGCUGACGCUUUGGUGUGCUUGCAUUCUGCUCUAUCUUGUCUGUGAGACACAGCACACUCACACUGCCUUCGCAAACUGCCAUAUCCUUUCAAUGCUCGACAGCACAAGAACCACAUAACGAAAUGUUUCAUAUAAACUUUUCUCGUGCAAAUUUAUACAUCUUCUUCACACUGCAUUCCAAACGAUCCUGAGGUGGAAUCACUCGCAAGCUGACAAGUCAGUAACAAAACAAACGCUAAAACAAAAAUACUAAACAAUUUACGCAUAAAACCAUGGGUGCCUCUUGACAUUGGAAUAUGUUUACCACCAAUUCAAGCAGCUAACCGAUUCUGAUUAUUAACCUCUCCGACCAAUUUUACAAGUUAUAAUGAGUCAUAAAGAGCAGGAUGUGAGUGCACUUGAAGGCCAGAAACACACUCUACGCAAUAGCACCCCUUGUGGCAAUGCUGAUAAUACAACACUAACUUGCCGUUCAUUGUAAAUUGUGUUCUGACACAUUUCAUGUGUGAAAAUUAGGUUGCGUAGAGUAUUU